AUGUUUAAGAAUGCUAUAAUAACGAUGAAAAACAUUAGAAGUAAAUUAAACCAAUCAUAUAAAUAUAAUGCCCAGUUCUUACGACUACAGCACAAUUCAGCAAUACUAAAUCAACAUCAACAUCAACAUCAACAUCAACGUCAACGUCAACACCAAUCAAUUACUAAUUCUACAGCUUCAAGUCCAUUGAACUCACCAAAAUUCAAUUCCAAUCAUGUUAAAAGCUCACUACCUAACAACCACAAUCAUCUAGCAUCGAAACAAUUGACUAAUAUUAAUGUGGAUCAAAUUCUACUGGAUAUUUCCAAAUGUAAUGAUUAUAAUAAUUUAACCAAAUACAUUUCUACAAUUAACCAUCAACAACAUCUUAAUUCUCAAAAUUCAAUUUUCCAACUAUUAACCAAAUGGAUCAAAUUUAAUAAUAAAUUUAAUAAUAAAUUACCUAGUUUUAAUGCAUUGAAUGGGAUUUUUGAAUCUUUAAUACGACAACAUGAAUUGAUUACCACCACCACCACCACCACCACAACUAAAAAUAGUAGUUAUGUUUCAAAUUUAUUAAUAUUAUAUUUAUAUUUAUAUCGAUUUAAUCAUCUGGCAUUGAAUAUCCUUCCUUUAAAUUUGGUUUGGUUACAAUAUGGUAAUCCAUUGAUUUAUAAUGUUUAUUUUUUAACAUAUUUGAAGAAUUUAUUUAAUACAAAUCAAAACCAAUUAUGUAUAAUUACAUUAAUUAAUGAAUUGAAAAUUACUUUCCAAAUUGAUCAAGAUAUGGAGGAAAUAAAGAUAUUAGAAAAUUUACCUCGACUGAUGAUUUUAUAUAUGAUUGAAAUGAAAAAUUUUGAUUCAUUAAAUUUCUUAAUAUCAAGAUUUUUAAUUCAUAAAGUGAUUAUUGAUAAUGAAUUAUGGAAUCUAUUAUUACAAUUAGGAUUAGAAAAUAAUAAUUAUCAACUAGUUACAUUAGUUUAUGAUAAUUAUAUAAUGAAAGAUUUUCAUCAAGGGAAAAUCACUCUUGAUGAUAUAAUUUUAAAUACCAAAUUAUUAUCGUCCCAUAACUCAACUGUUGUUGACUUAAAAUCAUUUGGGGAUUCAUUAAUUUUCCAAAUUUUACAUACUAUAUCUAUGAAUGGUGAUAUUAAAAGAACAGAAGAAUUAAUUACUAGUCAUUUCAUAUAUAAAUCAUUAUCAAAUAUGGAUCAUGGAUUAACUAAAGAACUUUGUAUAAAAAUUAUUGAAAGUUAUUGCUAUAACAAGCCAGAUAACAUUAAAUCGUUGUCAUCGUCUAGUGUUUCUGAUAAUAGUGUGAAAGAAAUAUUGUCAUUGAUUGAUGUUAUUUUAGAUAAUCAAAAAAAUCUUUCAAGUAUUGAUUUUUUUGAAUGUAUGAAUUAUAAAUUCAAGAAUUGGACUAUAACUUCAUCCAAUGAAAACAUGUCAGACUCACAACAACAACGACCACCACCACCACCACCACCACUACCACCACUACAUGAAGAAGAAGAAGAAUUACCAUUAUUACAGGGAAAUAAAAAUUUACAUAAUUCAAAAUAUGGUAUCAUAUUAGCCAAUUUAUCAAAUUUACAUGAAUUCAUUAAUAUUCAUAUGAAUUAUAUGGAUGAAAAUAAUCAUAAAUUGGAAACUAAAACCAUUUUUAUUAAUUGUUUAUUAAAUCAUAUUAUGAUUUUUUUGAAUCAUAGUGGAGUAGUUUCUUUAUUGAAAAAUUUACAUUAUUUAAAAGGUUCAUCAAUUAUUACUAAUAAUUAUUUAGAUUCUAUAUCUUGGAGAUUAAUCAUUAAAUCAUUAUCUAAUUCAACUUCGAAAAAAUGUGGACGAAUAUAUUAUAAUUAUUUGAAAUCAAGGCAAAAAGAUAUAGAAAUAACUCCUUUGAUGUAUUCACAAUUGAUAAUGACUUGUAUAAAUGAUGAUAGUAACGGUUAUUAUCAUGAUGUUUUGUUUUAUAUUAUGGAAUAUUUCAAAGACUAUUCUAAAUUAUCAGAUGAAAUUAAAGAAGUUUUGGAAUAUGGUGGUCAAUUUGAUAUAAAUGUGCAAAACUUAUUAGAUAAUAUAAUUAAUUGGCAAAAUUCAAAUAAAAAUAUUGAAACAUUAUUAUCAAAUUUAAAAGAUAUUCAAUUACAACCCAUUGAAAAUCUCAUAAAACGUCAAUAUUUAGAAAAAUAUGAUUUACGAGAUUCAGAAAUUUUAAUGAAAAUAUUUCAAUAA